AAAUUGUGUGAUGGAAUGGUUGACUGUACAGAUGUAAGCGACGAAGCGCGAUGCAGUUGUAAGUCUAGAGUUGAUAAAUCUAGAAUUUGCGACGGAUACUUUGACUGUCCUUUUGGCGAAGAUGAAAUGGGAUGUAAUGGUUGCAAAGAGAAUAUGUUUAGCUGCGAAAAUCCAAAUGAAAUAUCUCGAAUUAAAUGCUUUUCAAAAGAACAAAGAUGUGACAACGUUGCCGACUGCCCUAAUCGUAAGGACGAAAUUGACUGCAGUUUACUCACGCCAAGCCUGCAUAACAAACCGUUAUUCCCUGUUUCAAAUAUUGAAGGAUUCCUACACAGAAAUUAUAAAGGAACUUGGUAUCCAGUGUGCAAAAACCCUUACAUGUGGGCCCACGAUGCAUGUCGUAGAGAAACGGGUUUAAUCAUAAGGCCACCUUAUUUUCAGUUAGUGGAUAUAGAUCCUUUAAAAAGGAUUAAAUAUAUAAAUACUGGACCUGGUGGCUUUAUACAUACGAGCAAGACAUGCUUCAAUUCAUCUGCGGUCUAUGUCACAUGCGCAACCUUGUUGUGUGGCACCAGAAUGCCGUCAGCCGGCCAGUUAUUGGACCAAAAUAUUGACAUGGAGAGCGAUCUAUAUGGCCGUAAUAAAAGAUUUUCAUUUAAUAGACCUUUCAUGUUUCUUGGUAAUCGAUACAAAAGACAUGUUGGUAUAAACAACGAUGAAGCUCAAUACCAACAGAAAUUGAGCAAUAGUAGAGAAAAACGAACAGAUGUUAGAGUUGUAGGCGGAAUACCGAGCCAGCCAGCGGCGUGGCCUUGGGUGGCAGCUUUAUACAGGGACGGAAUGUUUCACUGCGGUGGAGUCAUAUUAAACCAGCACUGGGUAAUGUCAGCAGCGCAUUGUGUGCAUAAAUUUUGGCAGCAUUAUUACGAAAUACAAGUGGGAAUGCUUCGUCGAUUUUCAUUCUCGCCGCAAGAACAAAAUCAUCGGGUAACUCAUGUCAUUGUUAACCAAAAUUAUAAUCAAGAAGAUAUGAAAAACGACCUCGCCUUAUUACGGGUUAGGCCUGCCAUUCAAUUUAGUAGAUGGGUUCGUCCGAUUUGCUUGCCAGGACCCGAAACAGCAGGCCCUAAUUGGAGAGAAGAACCUAAACCUGGUACUAUAUGCACCGCUAUUGGUUGGGGAGCUACUGUUGAACGUGGACUAGAUCCUGAUCAUUUGCGAGAAGUAGAAGUGCCAAUUUGGAGCCAUUGUAAACACAAACAGGAUGAAGCUGGUAAAGAAAUUUGUGCUGGACUAAAAGAAGGAGGAAAAGACACGUGUCAAGGUGACAGUGGAGGACCGCUUCUGUGUACAAAUCCAAUUAAUAUUAAGCAAUGGUAUGUAGCUGGCAUAGUCAGUCAUGGAGACGGUUGUGCACGAGAAAAUGAACCUGGCGUUUAUACUAGAGUUAGCAUUUUUGUCGAUUGGAUUAAGUUUCAUAUUUUUUCUAAAGAUCUACCAUCGAUACAGCCUAAACAUGACUGUCCAGGAUUCAGAUGCGAAUCAGGAAUUACAAAAUGCUUACCAAAAAAAAGAAUAUGUGAUGGAAUAAUAGACUGUCUUAGCGGUGAAGAUGAAUUGAAUUGUGAUCUUAAGACGCUACCGGAAAAGAAACGGGAAACAUCACAAAAAGAAGAAGUCGCUUCCUUCGUGGAACAGGAAAACAAUGAAAUAGUUAAUAAACAGAAUCCUGACGUCUUUAUAACAACCAUUUCAGAUGAAGAAAUAAGUAGCGAUAUUUCGGAAAAAGGGUUAUUGAAUUACACUACUACAACUUUAUCGGCAAUACAAGACAUUAGUAAUUCUGAGAAAAAUGAAUUGAACUUUGAUUUCAAUCAUGCAUCGACUAUUGAAAUGAUUACUGACAGUGCAUCCGAGGAAACAGUUAUAAAACCCACUUCUAAUGAAUAUGCUACCCUUGAUCCGAUAAUUCCACAAACCACCGAGUUAAUAUUAGAAACAAAUACUUUAUUAAUAAAUACACCAAAAAAUAUUUUCGAAUCAGUUUAUUCACAAAUGAAAGAGAAGAAUAAAACCGAAAAUGAUAGUGCAACAUCAUAUAGCGACAUGAAGAUCAAUAACACAAACAAUACGCAACUAAAUUCCACUACAGAUGUAAUUCUCACAAAUGAUCCGUUACAUAAACAUAUAAUCAAUGUUUCGAAUCAAUAUCACAACUUUACUAAUUUCAACUUAAUCAGUGAAAAGUAUACAACUACUGUAAAUGUUUUUAUAGAAGAUAUUACAGAACCUUUUACUACAUCUCAAUUUGCUAAUAGUGCUGUUCCCGAAGAAGCAACUGAAUUAGUAUUCGAAAGCAAUGAAACUAGUCAAGUAACAAAUGGAAUAGAAACCUUGCAACUACAUUCUGCCAAGAGAAGGAAAAACUUUGAAGUGCCUUCAAAAUUUGAGUGCAGAAGGAUGUAUCAAAAUAUAUCAUUUGAUAAGCGUUGUGAUCACAUUGCUGACUGCGAGGACGGUACUGACGAGCAAGAUUGUACGUGUUUUGAUUAUUUAUUCACCCUGCAUAAAAAUCUCAUUUGUGAUGGGAAUUUCGAUUGUUUAAAUGGGCUAGAUGAAGUGGAUUGUUUCGCUUGUGAAGAGAAUGAAUUCUUUUGCAAGAAAAGUAAGCUUUGUUUGCCUUCCAACUUUGUUUGCAAUGGAGAAAUGAACUGCCCUGAUGGAGAAGAUGAAGAGGAUUGCUUUGCUUUAUCAAAUGGUAAAGAUAUUGUUUUCGAUUUCGAUGGACGACCGGAAUUAAGACUAGACGGAUAUGUAUCAGUAAGAUACAAAAACAAUUGGCAUAUUUUUUGUGAAGAUAAUUUAACAUUACAGCAACAGGAACAAAAAGCUAACGAUAUUUGUCAAUACCUAGGAUUCAGUUCUGCAAAUAGAUAUCUCUUAAAAUAUUUAAAUGUAAAUGAAGAUAAAUUAAUGCCAAUAGAAACAGACGGUAAAAGAAAUAAAAGAAAUACCAAAUCUCCCAUACACUUUACUUACCUUACUACCAAUAUUGAAGACGACGCAAAAUCAGAAAUGUUUAUUAAAGAACCGGAAGUUUUAAAGGAACGAUGUGUACCAAAUGUAACGAAAACAUGCAUGACCGUCUACGUCUAUUGUGAUCAAUCACUUUUCACAAAUUUCAACUCUAACCAAGCAUUGAAAAAAUUUACUGAACACAACACAACUAUUAUGUGGCCUUGGAUUGCAAAAAUUUAUGUAGAUGGUGUAUAUAAAUGCACUGGUGUUUUAGUUGAUAUUUCUUGGGUCGUUAUAAGUGACUCUUGCUUAUGGAAUACAAUCUUCAGCCGCCAAUUUGUAUCCGUGGUACUUGGAUCACAUAAAACAUUGUCAUCAACAAGUGGCCCGUAUGAACAAGUAUUUCGAGUCGAUUUCAAAAAGGACUUAUAUUUAAGGAAAGUAACUAUACUGCAUUUGAACGGGAAUGCCACAUAUUCAAGUAUGGUAAAACCAAUGUCGAUAACACAAACGUAUAUACCGGAAGAUAAUCAAAAAGUUUGUAUUGCGAUAGGUGAAGACGCUCAUAAUAAAACAAUAAGCAUCUUUUUGAAAGAAACUAGUCAUAACUGCCUCUCGAAUAAUAGAUGCUUCAUGCGGUCUUCAAAUUCCUCUAUUUGUGCUGAAAAUGUCCAUUUACAACGUCCAUGGUCAGGAAUUAUUAGCUGUCACACAAAUUUAGGAUGGUAUCCCGCUGCCUCCUUCGUAGACAGCAGAGGAGAGUGCGGUCUUAAUAAAACAAUAAUAGGCACUGAUAUUGGGAACAUUAAAAAUGAAAUUAAACUUAUCAAAGUUAAUUACUUAAUAGAUACUUUACAACAAUCAAACAACGGAACAAUAAAAGGAUUAUCCGAAGAUUGUAAUGGUCAACGAUGUGGACGAGGGAAAUGCAUAAAUUUAAGAAAUAUAUGUGAUGGAAUAAGACACUGCGAAGAUGGAAAAGACGAAUCCUAUGAAGCGUGUUACAAAAAGAAACAGACUUGCACCCUCGAUCCUCUUCAUAAUGGAUGCGAUUGCACAACAGAUCAACUGAAAUGCCAAAACGGUGAAUGCAUACCAAAGGAAUAUUUUAGAGACGGUAAAAAAGAUUGUGAUGACGGCAGUGAUGAGCCAGGUGAGACAACUUGCGCUGAUUAUUUGGGACGUGUUAUGCCUUCAAGACUUUGUGACGGAGUGCUUCACUGUCACGAUAGAAGUGAUGAGAAUCCUAAGUUUUGCAAAUGUUUCGCAAAGAAUAGCUUCAGGUGUGGCAGAAAUUUCGAGGGAAGUGAUAGCUGCGUCGCUAUGGAUAUGGUUUGUGAUGGGAUAAACGAUUGUCCUGACGGGGAAGAUGAAAAGAAAUGCAUUGGUUUAAGUGCUCCUCCACGUACACCGUAUGGCACAGGGAAGGUAAUUGUUCGUUCUCACGGAGUUUGGUAUACAAAAUGUUACAAUACAAAAGUACAUACAAAGUCUGAUCUCGAAGCUAUCUGUAGACAAUUAGGCUUUAUCAGCGGCCACGCAAAGCAGCUUUCAAUGCCAGAAAAAUUGAUCACAACACCUCACAAUAAAUAUGUUGUGGAUUCCUUCAAUGAAAUAGUUUUUAAUAAUAAAACAAAGAUUAAGCUAAGAAAUACAAACGCGCCAAUAGCUAAAGCAGUAAUUGAUGAUUUAGAAGAAUGCAUUCCAGUUUUUAUUGAAUGUCUUUAG